AACUGUCACAUUAUUUGUGUAAAAACACCGAUGCCAUCCAUACGCAUCAACUGUAUCUGUUAAACUCUACAAAUUCUGAGGAAAAUCUUAUUGAAAAAAUGCCCUACGCCAACACUCCGUCAGUACAAAUAUCCGAACUUACCGACGAAAAUGUUAAAUUUGUUGUUGAAGACACAGAUCUCAGCCUGGCAAACAGCCUACGUCGAGUUUUUAUUGCCGAAACUCCAACUCUAGCUAUCGACUGGGUUCAAUUCGAAGCCAAUUCCACUGUACUCGCAGACGAAUUUCUCGCCCAUCGAAUCGGUUUGAUUCCACUGAUUUCCGACGAGGUGGUGGACAGAAUUCAAAACACUCGUGAAUGUUCAUGCUUGGACUUUUGCACCGAGUGUAGUGUGGAAUUUACGUUGGAUGUUAAGUGCAGUGAUGAGCAUACACGUCACGUUACCACAGCCGAUUUAAAGUCUAGCGAUGCACGCGUACUGCCGGUUACGUCCAGACACCGAGAUGACGAGGACAACGAAUAUGGAGAGACCAACGAUGAAAUUUUGAUCAUCAAACUGCGUAAGGGUCAAGAGUUGAAGUUGAGAGCGUACGCUAAAAAGGGUUUCGGUAAAGAACAUGCCAAAUGGAAUCCAACAGCUGGCGUUAGCUUUGAAUACGAUCCGGAUAAUUCGAUGAGACAUACCCUAUACCCAAAACCAGACGAAUGGCCGAAAAGUGAGCACACGGAGCUUGACGAUGAUCAAUAUGAAGCUGAAUAUAACUGGGAGGCUAAGCCGAAUAAAUUUUUCUUCAACGUUGAGUCCAGUGGCGCACUUCGGCCAGAAAAUAUUGUGUUGAUGGGAGUCAAAGUUUUGAAGAACAAAUUAUCCAAUCUACAGACGCAGUUAAGUCACGAACUUACUACAAAUGACGCAUUGGUGAUUCAGUAAACAGCAAAUCCACUGAAUUCCUUGAACUUUUUUUGUUGCUUUAAGAAUAAACAAUAAUUCAUUUGCCGUCAACAA